AUGACAGAGGAGGAGAUGCUGUCUGGACCAGUCUUGGAAGAGCCGCCAGUCUCAGAAAUCCUCUUGCCAGUGGAUGGCAGUCAUGUCAAUCUCGCCGACACCAUCGCGAUAGCGCCUUAUAUCAAGCGAGGGGAUCUGGAACUUGCCAGACUUCGAGGCUACGUCAACGCGAUGUACAGCGAAGCUAAGGAUCAUGUACUGUCUCUACGAGAAGAUCCCUCCUAUCUUGCGGACACAAUUAUCGACAAUUCGGAACACAGCCGUGAGCUUAUUCCGGAUGCAUGUGGUCGAAUCGAUCAAUCUGUUGAUACUCCAGAGUUCCUUAUGGGUGUCACAAGUCACAUAAUCUCACAGUCAUACCAGAGGCUGAUAAUGUGGUCCGAAGUCUCGGCAAGACUAGAUCAGCUUUGCUUGCACGCCCAGAACGGUACCGCUACCAAGAGUCAGCUACAGAGUGUCCUUGAUCUGGAGGCGCUACUUGAGCGCGCCCGAAGUUGCCUCGUGGGAGACGUCACUAGCACCAGUAUGGCGUCACCGACGAUGCGGAACUACUAUGAACGCAUAGUUUCUGGAUCAGGAGAUGGUCCAUAUACACAAAUCGCCAUCGCAGGAGGACACACACUUCCAACGGAGGGCGAAGCAUGGAUGCUGAGCGUGUUUCAUCGUCUGCUGGCUUUCAGUCAAAACGACUCUCGGAAGAACAUUAAUGGCUUUGCAGAGAUGUCUGGGGGUGAGAAAAUCAACGUUGACAUUGAUCUACACGCCACAUUGGACCGUCUAGACACUCUCUCACGCAAACAUCAAAGCGCGCGCGCUAUGCUUACAGCUCCUUUGUCGUCUCUCAUCAGCCAGCUCUCCGUUGUCGAAGAGUGUCUUCAUCAGAUUGAGUUAUGGAAGAAGUCAUCGGAAAUCUGGAUGCUACUUUGCACAUCCGGUAUGAAAGCCACAGAGUCGAACGAGGGAGACUUCUCGAUAAAUUGGGCUUAUUAUAUCUAUGCCUAUAACGUACCCGCUUAUUUGGUCAACCCAGCGCGAGGAAAGCUACGCUAUCCCAUCGAUAAGCCGCGAAACGCUCAGAACGUGAAGACAAUGCGAGACUCGGAGUCAAAUCUUGACAAGUUCUGGAGUUGUAUCGACUCUUUCUACGAGCGCAGGACGGGUGUUGCGCAAGAUGAAGUGGUACGUCGAUGCCUCCUGGAAGGUGGUGAGAUGCGCCGAACUGCUCCGUGGACUGGCCCAAGCGUUCCCACAGAGUGCUUCAAAAGCAUCGAGUACAAAGCCAUCAGCAACUACGACCACGAUGUUGCACUACAGAUUACCGGAACCUUCGAUAAGCCGGUCACACGGGGUAGUGCCAAGCGAAAGAAGCGCUACCAUGCUCCUGUGGACAUCACGCCGAUGACUCAAGUUCACGAGAUCGGUCAUCCAAGCCCCGAGAAGAAGCCCGAGAGAAUCUACUGCGUCGACAAGCAUCUUGGAGAGACACCGAAAGCGAUCAAGUGGGACGACUUCAAGCGCGCUAUGAUUCGAGCCGGCUUCUCUGCGGAAAAACUCCAAGGCUCAGCCUGGCAGUUUACUCCUAGUGUUUCUACGGAUGUCGCUCGUGGCAUUCAGUUUCAUGAGCCUCAUCCUGAUAGCAGCAUCCCCUACAUCAUGGCUCGGCGCUUUGGCAGGAGGCUGCAGAGGGUAUACGGCUGGCAUGGUGGUAUGUUCAAGUUGGCUUGA